AUGGUCGAUCUUUUCCCAUCGCACCUCUCCUUCCUCGUGGAGAAACAGCGUCCCCCAGACGCGCUAUUUAAAUAUGUCCCCAUAAUUGGCUGCUCGUGGCUAUUUUCCCCGCUAGCUAUAUGCCUUAGUGUCCUCGGUGGCCGAGCACGGAUCGAAUCACGGGUCGAAUCACCGACCGCAUAA